AUGCAGAAUGUGGAUGACCUGUGCCAAAAUGAAUCAAGAAACUUGAAACAGGGGUUCUCAACUGGAAAAUCAACGAUUUUGCUAAAGGGAAAGGUACUAUGGACUACAAUUUCUCAUGAUGAGGACACUAAGAACAAUACUAUAAAGAGAAGUGUGCUCAGGUCUCAUGAUUUGCCUCAAAUGGAAUCUGAAGGCACUAUGCAGAGAUGUUCGACAAAGAAUGGGUCUGGCCUCUGUAAGCAGAAUAUACCCAAGAAUAAAAAGAAGGGAACGGUGAAGAUGCAUGAGAAACAUAAUGUGAUAGAUGACAUCCCCAUGGACAUUGUUGAACUUCUUGCUAGAAAUCAGCAUGAGAGACGGUUGAUGUCUGACACCAAUGCUUUGGAAAACAAUCAUACUUGA